AUGGCUACCAACAGAUUCUUGUGUGAAACUUGUGGGAAGGGUUUCCAGAGGGAUCAAAAUCUUCAACUCCAUCGACGAGGACACAACCUUCCUUGGAAGCUUAAGCAGAGAACGGGGAAGGAAGCAAGGAAGAGGGUUUAUGUGUGUCCAGAGAAGAGUUGCGUCCACCACGACCCUUUAAGGGCUCUUGGAGACUUAACUGGGAUAAAGAAGCACUUUUGCAGAAAGCACGGUGAAAAAAAGUGGAAGUGCGAGAAGUGCUCAAAGCGAUAUGCUGUGCAGUCAGAUUGGAAAGCACACUCCAAAACCUGUGGCACCAGAGAAUACAAAUGUGACUGUGGAACUAUCUUUUCAAGGAGGGACAGUUUCAUCACUCACAGGGCCUUCUGUGAUGCAUUGGCAGAAGAAUCAGCUAGGGUAAAUGCAUCAUCAGACAUGAACACUUCUUUAGGGGGUAACAUUGGUUACAACGUAAUGGGAACAUCCCUAGGCCCUAACAUGGCAACCCAUUUUUCCUCAAUUUUCAAGCCAGUUUCAAACACAGAAGAAACAAGCAAUCAAACAUCGAGGGGACUACCCCUUUGGAUGGGCCAAACAUCUUCUCAAGCUCAAGAAACAAUGGUCAACAACAAUUUGCGUGAGAUUCAUCAACUUGGGUCUGCCACAAGCUCAGCAACAGCAUUUGGUGGCAACUCACUAGUCCAAUGCUCAAACUUUCCUCCUUCAAACUAUCAACUAAGUUGGGUGUUUGGAACUAAACUUUCUAAUAACAGUAACAUCCAAGAGCUAACAACCGACACCACUACAUCACUUCCCCUAGGCAAUUCGAGUGUUCCGUCUUUGUAUAGUUCCCAACACCAACCCCACCCCCACCAAACUUGUUCAUCAGCAAACAUGUCAGCCACAGCUUUGCUGCAAAAAGCUGCUCAAAUUGGAUCAAGCUCAAGUGACCCUUCAUGGCUUGGGAGCUUAGGUUUGAAAUGUAAUAGCACUACUCAAGGUCAAGAUGAAAAUAACAGCAACAAGUUUAGUGGCUUGUACGGUUCAAGUUUAGUUCUCAGCACUCUUGGGACUGAACCAGAUAACUCUGCAUGUGACUUGUCACAAAUGCACCCUCCCAAACGUAGACACGUACUCAGUGAAGAAGGUGGAGGGGGGCAGUUUAGGGAUUUCCUUGGUGUUGGUGUGCAAAACCAUUUGCCACACUUUAUCAAUCAACGAGUGGAUUUGAUUUGA